AUGGCUUCUGUGACGGCCAACGGGGCGCCCAAGACCAAUGGCACAUUGACAAAUGGCGAUGCGCACCCCACCAAAGAGCAAUCGCGUCCGAGGCAUUCAAGCUCUUACGCCGCCAAAUUUAAGAUGCCACCCCACUUCAUCGGCGGCAAUCAUCUAGGAGUAGCUGCAGCAGGGUCCGUCAAGGACUUCGUUACCAACCACGAUGGGCACACCGUCAUUACUAGCGUGCUCAUUGCAAACAACGGUAUUGCUGCAGUCAAGGAAAUAAGAUCCGUACGAAAAUGGGCCUACGAAACCUUUUUAGACGAGCGGGCCAUACAAUUUACGGUGAUGGCCACACCGGAAGAUUUGGCCGCGAAUGCAGACUACAUAAGGAUGGCGGAUCAAUACGUUGAGGUCCCCGGCGGCACGAACAACAACAAUUACGCAAACGUGGAGUUGAUCGUCGAUAUCGCUGAGCGAAUGAACGUCCACGCUGUUUGGGCAGGAUGGGGACAUGCCUCAGAAAACCCAAAGUUGCCCGAAUCUUUGGCAGCAUCGCCCAAGAGAAUCAUUUUUAUCGGCCCCCCGGGCUCGGCAAUGCGGUCCCUGGGUGACAAAAUAUCCUCCACAAUCGUUGCGCAACACGCAAAAGUCCCAUGUAUACCCUGGUCUGGUGAGGGAGUCGACAAGGUCCGAGUUGACGAGGAAGGCAUUGUGGCGGUCGACGAUGACGUCUACGACAAAGGAUGCACACACUCACCCAAGGAGGGUCUAGAAGCAGCUCGCAAGAUCGGAUUCCCUGUGAUGGUCAAGGCCUCAGAAGGAGGUGGAGGGAAGGGUAUCCGCAAAGUGGACAAUGAGGAGAAUUUCACAGCUCUUUACAAUGCCGCUGCAAGUGAGGUGCCUGGAUCGCCCAUAUUCAUAAUGAAGCUUGCCGGAAAUGCUAGGCAUUUGGAGGUACAAUUGCUGGCCGACGAGUACGGGAACAAUAUCUCUCUUUUCGGAAGGGACUGUUCAGUGCAAAGGAGACAUCAAAAGAUUAUCGAAGAAGCUCCCGUCACAAUCGCCAAUACUGCGACAUUUCGAGCCAUGGAGAAGGCUGCCGUUCGGCUUGGCAGGCUUGUGGGCUAUGUUUCCGCCGGCACUGUAGAGUACCUCUACUCGCAUGCUGAUGACAAGUUCUACUUUUUGGAGCUGAACCCUCGAUUGCAAGUAGAGCAUCCAACAACGGAAAUGGUCAGCGGUGUCAACCUUCCAGCUGCCCAAUUGCAAAUAGCUAUGGGUGUCCCCCUUCACCGAAUACGGGAUAUUCGAAUAUUGUACGGUGCAGACCCCCAGUCAACAUCGGAAAUCGACUUCGACUUCUCCAACCAAGACAGUCUCAAAUCUCAACGGCGACCAACUCCAAAAGGCCACACGACGGCAUGUCGUAUCACGUCGGAAGAUCCUGGUGAGGGUUUCAAGCCUUCGAGCGGUAUGAUGCAUGAACUCAAUUUCCGAAGUAGCUCGAAUGUGUGGGGUUACUUCUCUGUCGGUACUGCGGGAGGUAUCCACAGCUUCUCCGACAGCCAAUUCGGCCACAUCUUUGCAUAUGGAGAAAAUCGGUCUGCUUCUAGAAAACACAUGGUCGUCGCGCUGAAGGAACUUAGUAUCCGCGGUGACUUCCGCACAACGGUUGAAUACCUCAUCAAGCUCCUUGAGACACCUGCUUUCGAGGACAAUACGAUCACGACCGGUUGGCUUGAUGAGCUGAUCACUAACAAGUUGACGGCGGAGAGACCUGAUCCAAUUUUAGCUGUGGUUUCUGGAGCCGUCACUAAAGCCCACGUCGCGAGCGAGGGCUGCAUAGCAGAGUAUCGGAAGGGUCUCGAAAAGGGCCAGGUCCCCGCGAAAGAUGUUCUGAAGACCGUUUUCCUGGUCGACUUUAUCUACGAAGGCAUUCGCUACAAGUUCACGGCGACACGGUCUAGUGUGGAUAGUUACCAUCUCUUCAUCAAUGGAUCCAAGUGCGCUGUUGGUGUGCGGGCUCUUGCCGACGGUGGACUUCUCAUCUUGCUCAGCGGAAAAAGCCACAACGUCUACUGGAAGGAAGAAGUCGGUGCCACUCGUAUCAGCGUCGACAGCAAGACAUGUCUCCUCGAGCAAGAGAACGACCCUACUCAACUGCGAACGCCCAGUCCGGGCAAGCUUGUAAAGUUCACCGUAGAGAAUGGCGAGCACGUCAAAGCUGGACAGGCGUUUGCCGAGGUCGAAGUCAUGAAGAUGUACAUGCCAUUAAUUACGCAGGAAGCAGGCACAGUGAACCUUAUCAAGCAGCCCGGAGCAGUCCUGGAAGCAGGCGACAUCUUGGGUGUACUUGCUUUGGACGACCCAUCUCGUGUUAAGCACGCGCAGCCGUUCUCAGCUCAGUUGCCUGCUCUUGGACCACCUCAAGUGGUUGGUAACAAACCGCCGCAGAGAUUCGCCUUGCUGCACAGUAUCCUACAAAAUAUUCUCCAAGGCUUCGACAACCAAGUCAUCAUGGCUUCUACACUAAACGAGUUGAUUGAAGUCCUCCGUGACCCCGAGUUACCCUAUGGCGAAUGGAAUGCUCAAUUUUCAGCUCUACACGCCAGAAUGCCCAGCAAGCUAGAUUCGCAAUUUACACAAAUUGUCGAGCGAGCGAAAUCUCGAAAGUCAGAAUUCCCGGCAAAGCAAUUGACCAAGACAAUGACUCGUUUCAUCGAAGACAACGUCAACCCUGGAGACGUCAACGUGUUGACGUCCGCUCUUCAACCGUUGGUGGAGGUAAUGGAUCGCUAUACUGAGGGCCUGAAGGUUCACGAGUACGAAGUUUUCUGCAAUCUCCUUGACCAAUAUUACGACGUCGAAAAGCUUUGGUCAACCCGGAACUCUCGUGAUGAGGACGUCGUACUCAAGCUCAGAGAACAAAACAAAGAUGACAUACUCAAGGUCGUUCACACCGUACUCUCGCACAGCAGGAUUGGAGCCAAGAAUAAUCUUGUUCUUGCAAUACUGGAGAUGUACCGUCCGAACAAACCACAUACUGUCAACGUCGCAAAGCAUUUCCGAUCACACCUGCGGAAGCUGACCGACUUGGAAUCGAGAGCGACAGCCAAAGUUACUCUCAAGGCUCGAGAGGUGCUUAUUCAAUGCGCUCUGCCGUCUCUCGAGGAGCGAGAAUCACAAAUGGAGCACAUCCUUCGGUCCUCUGUAGUCGAGUCAAAAUAUGGUGAAACUGGCUGGGAUCAUCGGGAACCUAACUUGGACGUGCUCAGGGAAGUGGUUGAUUCCAAAUAUACUGUCUUCGACGUUCUUCCACAGUUCUUCGGAUACCAUGACCCUUGGGUCUCAUUGGCCGCACUUGAGGUCUAUAUUCGCCGUGCAUACCGAGCUUACUCGCUGAAAGCUAUCGAGUACCACACUGAUUACGAACCACCUUUCAUCAUUUCCUGGGAUUUCUUACUUCGCAAACUUGGCCAUCAGGAUUUCGGCAUGCCCGUCACUUCCUCAUUUCCUUCGACGCCCGCCACACCCACAACAGAGGGCAACCCGUUCAGUCGUAUCAGCUCCAUCAGUGACAUGUCAUAUCUCGCCAACCGAGAAGACGCGGAGCCUUUGCGAAAGGGUGUCAUUGUCCCUGUGCAGUAUCUCGACGAGGCUGAAGAAUACCUACAGCGAGCACUGGAGGUCUUCCCAGCUAUGGGAGCGAGAAAGAAGUCCGAGAUUGGUUUGUUGCCGGAACUAAAUUCACGUAGGAAGCCUUCUCCUAGACGGGAACCAGAACCGGACCUCACAGCUGUCUGCAAUGUCGCUAUUCGAGAUGUUGAAUCCUACGACGACAAUGAGACACUAAGCAGAAUCACUGACGUCGUUAAUGAUUUCAAGUCAGAGCUGCUCUUGCGGAGAGUACGACGGAUCAGCUUCAUCUGUGGGCACAAGGAUGGAACAUACCCUGGUUACUUUACGUUCCGUGGUCCGACCUACCAGGAGGAUGACAGCAUUCGACACAUAGAGCCAGCCCUUGCUUUCCAGCUUGAGCUGGGAAGACUGUCCAAGUUCCGCAUCAAGCCAGUGUUUACGGAAAAUAGAAAUAUCCACGUCUAUGAGGCCAUCGGCAAGGCGGACAACAGCGACAAGGCCACUGAUAAGAGAUACUUCACGCGAGCCGUAGUGCGACCAGGCAGACUACGAGACGAGAUCCCCACAGCUGAAUAUCUUAUCUCAGAAGCCGACAGACUUAUGACUGACAUCCUCGAUGCUUUAGAGAUCAUUGGCAACAACAAUUCUGACCUGAACCACAUCUUCAUCAACUUCUCCACGGUCUUUCCUCUCCGGCCACAGGAAGUUGAAGAGGCACUUGCUGGCUUUCUUGAGCGAUUCGGUCGACGGGCCUGGCGGCUACGUGUGACAGGCGCAGAGAUCCGUAUCAUCUGUACAGAUCCCAGUACUGGAAUGCCCUAUCCUCUGCGCUGCGUCAUUACCAAUACGUCGGGCUAUGUCAUCCAAGUCGAGAUGUACGCCGAGAAGAAGUCUGACAAAGGACCAGAAUGGCUCUUCCACAGCAUCGGCGGCACCACAAGGAUUGGUGCUAUGCAUCUAAGACCGGUCUCCACGCCUUACCCGACCAAAGAAUGGCUGCAGCCCAAGAGGUACAAGGCUCAUCUUAUGGGAACCCAAUACGUCUACGAUUUCCCAGAUCUCUUUCGACAAGCCUUUCAGAACAGCUGGCAGAAGGCUGUUGGCAAGCAUCCUUCGCUGGCCAACAAACAGCCCGAAGUCGGUGAAUGCAUGGACUACAGUGAAUUGGUCCUUGACGAGCAUGACGAUCUCGCGGAAGUCUCUCGCGAGGCCGGUACCAACACGCAUGGUAUGGUUGGAUGGCUUGUCACAGCAAAGACACCUGAGUACCCCAAAGGUCGAAGAUUCAUCAUUGUUGCGAACGAUAUAACCUUCAAGAUUGGCUCGUUUGGCCCAACAGAAGACAAGUUCUUCUUCAAAUGUACAGAGCUUGCGCGGAAAUUGGGUAUCCCGCGGAUAUACCUAUCAGCAAACUCUGGCGCCCGCAUAGGCAUGGCUGAAGAGUUGAUUCCUCAUUUCUCAGCUGCGUGGAAUGAUCCAGAGAAACCCCAAGCCGGCUUCAAGUAUUUGUACUUGACCCCAGCCAUGAAGGAGCGAUUCGAGGAUGGAAAGUCAAGGGGUGUGAUAACAGAGAAAAUCACAGAGCAUGGUGAAGUACGACACAGGAUCACCACCAUCAUCGGUCAGGAGGACGGUCUAGGUGUUGAGUGUCUCAAAGGGUCUGGUCUGAUCGCUGGCGAGACCUCGAAAGCUUACGAAGACAUUUUCACCAUCACAUUGGUUACCUGUCGAUCAGUUGGUAUUGGCGCGUACCUUGUUCGCCUUGGGCAGAGAGCCAUCCAGAUUGAAGGGCAGCCAAUCAUACUGACUGGCGCAGCGGCCAUUAACAAGCUUUUGGGCCGUGAGGUGUACACCUCCAAUCUUCAGCUUGGUGGCACCCAAAUUAUGUACAAGAAUGGUGUUUCACACAUGACUGCGACUGAUGACUUUGAAGGCGUUUCGAAGAUUGUUGACUGGAUGUCUUUUGUGCCUGAUAAGAAGAACAGCCCCAUACCCAUUGGAUUACACUCCGAUCCAUGGGAUCGUAAUGUCGCUUAUUUCCCACCAGCGAAGCAAACAUACGAUGUCCGAUGGCUUAUAGCUGGCAAGGAAGACGAGGAAGGUUUCCUUUCUGGCCUCUUCGACAGAGACUCAUUUCAAGAAUCUUUAGGCGGCUGGGCUCGCACUGUGGUUGUGGGUCGUGCCCGACUUGGCGGUAUUCCAAUAGGUGUCAUUGGGGUAGAGACACGCUCAGUGGAGAACGUCACCCCUGCAGACCCAGCGAAUCCAGACUCGAUGGAACAGAUCACGCAAGAAGCUGGAGGGGUGUGGUAUCCCAACUCGGCCUUCAAGACCGCACAGGCCAUCCGCGACUUCAACAAUGGCGAGCAGCUACCAUUGAUGAUCCUUGCCAAUUGGAGAGGUUUCUCAGGUGGGCAACGCGACAUGUACAACGAGGUCCUCAAAUACGGAUCAUACAUCGUCGACGCCUUGGUCAAGUACGAGCAGCCAAUCUUCGUCUACAUUCCACCAUUUGGUGAGCUUCGGGGAGGUUCAUGGGUUGUGGUUGAUCCUACUAUUAACCCAGAUCACAUGGAGAUGUACGCAGAUGAAGAUGCUCGCGGCGGUGUUUUGGAACCCGAGGGUAUUGUGAAUAUCAAGUUCCGCCGUGACAGGCAGCUCGAAACGAUGGCUCGUCUUGAUGCCACCUACGCGGAACUCAAAGCACAGUUAUUGGACAAAUCCCUCUCCUCAGACAAGCAGAGUGAUAUCAAGGUCAAGAUGCAGGAGCGUGAGCAAUUACUGUUGCCCGUUUACUCGCAAAUCUCUCUCCAGUUCGCCGAUCUCCACGACCGUGCAGGCAGAAUGCAGGCCAAGAACACAAUUCGUCAUCCACUUCAAUGGAAGAACGCGCGUCAAUUCUUCUACUGGCGCCUUCGUCGUCGUCUUAACGAAGAGUCUCUAAUCAAGAAGAUGGCACAAGCUUCGACUCGUGAUCCAAAGGCCCGAGCGAGCAGCCUGCGGACCCUGCGUGCCUGGACUGGUAUUCAGGAUUUUGAGCACAAUGAUCGGGCAGUGGCGACAUGGUACGAGGAGAACCGCAAAAGUGUGCAGACCAAGCUGGACGGGUUGAAGUCGGAGAGCGUGGCGUCCGAUAUUGGAGCCCUUCUCAGUGCCAACAAGGACGGUGGCAUGAAAGGAUUUAAACAGUUCUUGGACACGAUGCCUAUCGAGGAACGGGAGCAGGCAUUCAAAUAUCUGAAAGGCUGA